AUGCCACCCCCAGAGAAACCAGCCCUUCAGCCCCACGACAUAGACACCUCCAUCCCAAUCGACUCACCACCAUCCUACGAAAACACAAUCCUCCCAGCCUCAAAUCCAUGGACAGACACACCUACUUUGGCACCUCAACCUCCCUCCCACCAGAUCCAGCAUCGACAUCAACCACAAAUACAAUCACAAUCACAAUCCCAGCCACACCCACCGCCCUCGAUCCCGUCUCAGAACCCCCUCUCAGCCCUCUCCCGCCUAACCACCAUCCCCUUCUCCAAAUACCGGGUCCGGGACUCCAAGCUCUCGGACGACCAAACCGCCCUGACGACCACAAGCCCCGACCUUACGGCGAGUGGCUCGAACGCGAACGGCGUGACCGCGGCGCAAAUACAACGGAACGUCACAAAGUUCAUCGCCGAGCAAGCUUCCCUGCCGCCCAAACCAAUCAUGAUCAUCCGGGGCACGCAUCUCGGCAGCGGGACCCAGCACGGGUCCACGAUUGUGGACUUCGAGCUCAAGUUCAACUUGACGAGUCUGUUGGAUUUGGGCGGUGACACCGGUGGUGGUGGUGGUGGUGCUGCCGCCUCAGACGAAACCGCCGGGCCUAGCAGCACAGGUGGCCGAAGUACCGUGGGGAAAUUUAAAAUCAAGCGUUAUCAACCCGGCUCAACCACCGGAUCGCCCAAACAACUGAGUAGAGAAGAACAGGCCAUGUCGCCCUUGGAGUUAUGGGCCAAGAAGUUCUGCGAGGACAAAGCAGAGAACCGGAGCUUCACCCUCUCCCGGACGUGCCCGUCCCUCCCCACAGCCCUGUUGGAAGGCCACGCCCGCAAUCUCCUAGCCAGCACGAAAUACCGGGGCACCCUGACCGUGACAUUCCCCGUGCAACACUCUAGCGUGACUAUCCUGCGCAAGUCCUCGAACUGGUUCACCAACAUGCUCCGGCUCUAUCCGACGAAGAAGUACGAGGUCGUCAGCGUGGAGUGGGCCCUCGGCGGCAGCACUAAUGCGAACACGGGUGGUAGUGGUGGUAACGCCCGCCCCGCCCUUCAACGGAACGAUACCAACGUGUCUGUGGUUUCGGAGGCGGAGGCGUCGUCGGCGUCCAGCACGCCGUCUGGGGACAAGAGUGGCCCGGUGGGAGGCUCCACGACGGAUGCAGCAGCGGCGGUGGCCCAGGCGUGGUGGCGCGAAUGGCACGUCGUUGUCCGCAAUGCCGUCCUGUCGGGCCGCAGGGGGUGGGUCACCGUGGAAGAUUGGAUCGAGGCCAAGAUGGGGGUGCGCGAGAAGGAAAAGGUAAAGGAGUGGGGCGUCGAUUAUGAGUGA